AUGAAAGACAAUCCUUCAACUGGAAGCGAGCAAAAUGCGGAUAUUGUCCACAUCAAACUAAUGAGAAACAACACGUUUGUGACUGUGACCGAUUCGAAAGGGAAUAAGAAAAUGGGGGCGAGUGCGGGAUGUUUGGCGGAAAUGAAAGGCGGGCCCAAGGUUUCGAAAUAUGCGGCUGAAGCGACGGCUGAACAUGUGGGACGCGUGGCGAAAAGUAUGGGGUUGAAAUCGGUUGUUGUGAAGGUUAAUGGGUUUACUUUUUUUAAGAGGAAGAAGUUGGCGAUUUUGGGGUUUAGAGAUGGGUAUACGCAUUCAAGAUCUGAUAGGAAUCCGAUUGUGUAUAUUGAGGAUACGACUAGAAAGCCACAUAAUGGGUGUAGGCUAAGGAAACAACGACGUGUGUGA